UUUCGGAACGCACCUCGAGUCACACUUUAGGUCAUAUGACCGACGUUACGCCGACGAUCGGAUGUGCUGAUCGUUGUAGGCGUUGACGACUCCUCUGCACUGCGUCUCGUGAUCCCGAGCUCCUCCGAGCCUUCCGUGUAUCCUCCAGGGAAGAAAACAGAUCGGACGACACCAUGGCUCUCAGCGACGCGGACGUUCAGAAGCAGAUCAAGCAUAUGAUGGCCUUUAUAGAACAGGAGGCCAAUGAAAAGGCGGAGGAAAUAGAUGCCAAGGCAGAAGAAGAAUUUAAUAUUGAGAAGGGACGCCUGGUGCAACAGCAACGUCUCAAGAUCAUGGAGUAUUAUGAGAAGAAGGAAAAACAAGUUGAACUGCAAAAGAAGAUACAAUCUUCAAACAUGCUUAACCAAGCACGAUUAAAGGCUCUGAAAGUACGGGAAGAUCAUGUACGCAACGUUCUUGAUGAUGCUAGAAAGAGAUUAAGUGAAGUAACUCAUAAUUCUACACGAUACAAAGAAGUUCUUCAGCUGCUGAUCAUCCAAGGACUUUAUCAACUAACAGAGUCAAACAUUACUCUUCGCGUUCGUCAAGUCGACUUACCUCUCGUAGAAUCCAUUAUUGACAGUGUUCAGCAGCAAUAUAAACAAAAAACUAAGAAAGAUGUUACCCUGAAGAUUGAUACCGAUAAUUUCUUACCCACCGAAAGUUGUGGAGGCGUGGAAUUAUUAGCAUCCAGAGGGCGCAUAAAGAUUAGCAAUACUUUGGAGACCAGAUUAGAGCUGAUAGCGCAACAAUUGAUACCAGAGAUUCGUUCCGCGCUGUUCGGACAGAAUGCAAAUCGCAAAUUUAACGAUUAAGCUAAUUUUCUCGGCAAUUGACUCUCCAAAACAUUCCUUUUAACAGCAAAUUACUGUUGCAUUGUCAUGUAUUAUAUAGAAUAAAAUUAACAUACGAAACGCCUUUUGUCGCGAGACUCAAGCCUAAUAUUUUCAAUGAAAGUAUCUGAUAAAUUACCGUGCAAUAUUUAUCGUUGCAAGCAAACUGUACAUUAUUCUCCACAAACUUCCUUUUUAGUUUGUCGUCAUUUAUUCUAUCUUCUUUCCUUUUGACAGGCAACCAUGAACAUAGUGUAUAGCGAUCAAAUACUUCAUAUGUUAAUAUAUUUGAUGUAAACUUAAAAUUGCCGUUAAAAUUGGUGUUCAAAAACGAGACAAAGUGUACUUUCUCAGGUUAGGAAUGUUAACGCGGAUGAAAUGUAUAAUUAAUAACUAAUGUUCUUGACUGCUUAUGUUAAAAAAAGAAUAGCAAUUGCAAUUGAAUGUAGUACAGUCAAUAUAUUGUGCAGAAUCGUAAUAAACAGAAAUAUUGAGCGCGCUUUAUAUGUAUAUAAUACAUUUAUAUACUUAUAGAGCAUAUCAGUAUGUUAUGUACAUUAUGUAUAAUAUUGUAUCACAACAUAUAUAAAUAUAUGAUUCGUUGUUGUAAAAAUAUCUUUUUGAGGAAUUAAGAUCUGAUAC